UCGCUGGUAUACAGGGCAGCGCCAUAUUGACAAGAGGCGGCUGCAUUUUGUGUGAAAUGGAGUUUUUUUAACGUGAAAAUCAGCUAAAUGUCGUGCUAGACGGAAUGGUGGACUCUUUUCCGGACAAUGCUUGUGUGUGGAUGAGCGUCUAGCGGGCCGUGUCGCCGUGUUUCGAAUCGCGAUUGUUUCGAGUGGUCUGAGCCGUCCGAGACGGGAGCGAGGAUAGUUACAUCGGGCCUUCUAAUCGCUUUACCGGUGGACUUGGAUGAGGCUUCGACAAUCUAGUUAACGAUAACGAGAUUAAAUUCAGGGCUAGCGUGAAUAUAAGAGCAUGUCAGCGGUCAAACUUAAUCACCACACCCAGCUUACUACGAUGGUCGCCGCUGCGGGAAGUGUCAAGUUGUUGUAGGUGUGUUUUUGUGUAAAGCCGGCGUGGAUGAUAAGAAAGAGGUUCGUGGCCCCAUUUAGAACACGACCAUGCAGUGUUGUCAGUCAGAUGAAGCUAGAGAACAGAAGAGAAUCAACGCUGAAAUAGAAAAACAGCUUCGCCGUGAUAAGCGAGAUGCUAGACGGGAGCUCAAACUCCUGCUGCUCGGUACGGGAGAGUCGGGGAAGUCCACCUUCAUCAAGCAGAUGCGUAUUAUCCAUGGUGCCGGCUAUUCGGACGAAGACAAGAGGGGUUUCAUCAAGCUUGUUUACCAAAACAUCUUCAUGGCAAUGCAGAGUAUGAUAAAGGCGAUGGACCUGCUGAAGAUCCAGUAUGGAGAUUUAGCCAAUCAGGAUAAGGCGGAGUUGAUCAAGAGCAUUGAUUAUGAGACGGUGACCACGUUCGAGAGCCCCUAUGUGGAGGCCAUCAAGGACCUCUGGGCCGAUGCUGGCAUCCAAGAGUGCUACGACCGGCGCAGGGAAUACCAACUCACCGAUUCCGCGAAAUAUUAUCUAAUGGAGAUAGAUCGGGUGGCGUCCCCCACCUACCUGCCAACUGAGCAGGACAUCUUGCGCGUCAGGGUGCCCACCACCGGCAUCAUUGAGUAUCCGUUCGACCUGGACGAGAUCAGGUUUAGUUAUCUUAGCGACUUGGAGCGAAUACGGGCUCCGGAGUACCUGCCCACCGAACAGGACAUCCUCAGAGCGAGAGCCCCCACGACGGGCAUCAUAGAGUACCCGUUCGAUCUCGACUCCAUUAUCUUUAGAAUGGUAGACGUAGGGGGACAAAGAUCAGAAAGAAGGAAAUGGAUCCACUGUUUUGAAAACGUAACUUCCAUUAUCUUUCUAGUAGCAUUAAGUGAAUAUGACCAGAUCCUCUUCGAAUCAGAAAACGAGAACCGUAUGGAGGAGUCAAAGGCUCUUUUCAAAACAAUUAUUACCUACCCAUGGUUCCAACAUUCAAGUGUAAUAUUGUUUUUAAAUAAGAAAGAUUUACUAGAGGAAAAAAUUAUGUAUUCACAUCUUGUUGACUAUUUUCCUGAGUACGAUGGUCCCCAACGAGAUGCGAUUGCAGCUAGGGAGUUUAUCCUAAGAAUGUUUGUAGACCUGAAUCCGGACAGUGAGAAAAUCAUAUACUCACAUUUUACUUGUGCUACAGAUACGGAGAAUAUAAAAUUUGUCUUUGCGGCAGUUAAGGAUACAAUAUUGCAGUCGAAUCUACGCGAAUACAAUCUGGUCUAGUACCUCUCGGUUGGGGGGUACUUCCAGCAGAUGGCUUUUGUCUUGCACCCCCGGCCUACCGCUUCCGCUGGGCUGGGAUCAGUAUCCUGUAAUAAUUUUGUGAUCUGUCUGUAUCUCCUCGGUCUUCGAACAGAAGAAGAAAAAGAACUCCAAAUGUGAUGUUCAGCAACUGUCGAUUACAAUUAUAUGUGUCCAAGUGUGUACGCUUAGCUAUUAGUGGCUCUACGAGAAUAGUGUGCCAUUUUUUAUAAAUAAAAUUGAAAAAAAAAAUGGUCAAAAAUCGAUGGAUUACAGCCAAAGUGUUUUUUAACAGUGCGAUAAGUGACUUUAUUCAUUAUAUAAAUAGUAUUGUUAUAUAUAAUAUAUUAAAUUAAUGUAGAGAUAGGAGUAAGGAAACUAAAUUUUUUGUCCUGAAAUAUUUGCAAAGUUUUUUAAGUCUUUAACGAGCCGUCGCAGCAAUUGUCGUGUCCCAGGUUGUUACGAUGGCUCUCGAUAUAGUCCGAAACAUUCAUUCAAACGGAAGAACCUUGGGAAGCUGCAACACACAAAUUUGUCGCGGGAAAUUUAUUGAAUGAUACCUUCAGCUGUCGCCUUUUUCUUGUUUUGCCACGUAUAGGUUUUUAGCAAAUUUCGUAAGUUGUUUUUUUUUAUUUAUUGUAUUUUUUUACAAGUCAAAUUAUUCAGAAGAUUAGAUUUGUUGAAAGUACUUUUUAUUACAACUAAGAUAUUUGAGUUUGACGUUUUUGUUUUGUUGAUUUUGUUUUGUACAAAUUCAAAUAUUUUAUACGCGUAAAACUAUUUUU